CGGGGAUUUAUUUUUGCAUCGAUGUGAAUGAAACGUAGGUCCAGCAUAAAACUAAAUUGAGGUGUCGCCGUUGAUUUCGAUCCGCCGCCGCCGGAUCUCUGUCCACGUUCGCCACCGUCGCAUAAGAGACGCAAUGGGGAGCAGAGUUUACGUUCACUACAACCACACCGAUUCCUGCAACUACGCACGGUGGACCGCCAGAGAGAGCUUCCGGUUUAUGUAUGAUAGGCCUUGGCAGCAUAUUCUUGAUUUUUACUCAAAUGUGGUGAAAGGAAGCGUUUCGGUCCCGGAGUUGUUUGGGACAAAGAAAUCUGUUGUUCACCAUGAUGAAGGUAAAGCUGAAAGGAGUCAUUCUGAAGAUGAGUUAGAGAAUUCUACUGGAAUUAAAGAGAAAGGCGGGAGGUGGGCAAGAGUAACAUUCAAGAUAGUUCUUUCAUAUAGUGGGUCUUCCUUUGAUGGAUGGCAGAAACAGCCCGGUCUACACACUGUGCAGGGUGUAGUAGAGAAGUCUCUCGGAGGAUUUCUUGAUGAGAGAAAAGCUCAGCUGCUCAAAGACAAAUGUAAACCAUUAGAAGGCAAUGUAGUUGUGGCUGGACGAACCGACAAAGGAGUGUCUGCUCUCAAUCAAGUUUGUUCGUUCAAUACCUGGAGAAAAGAUGUUAACCCCAAUGAUCUUGAAUAUGCUAUCAACAAAGAGGCUCCGGGAAAACUUAGGGUCGUGUCUGUCUGUAAGGUCUCCCGAACAUUUCACCCAAAUUUCUCUGCAAAAUGGAGGCGCUACUUGUAUAUUUUUCCCUUGGAUGAUGGUAAAGGCACUGAACAAUUGUGUGAGAGUGAUAAGGGUCCGGAGAGCUUUGUCUCUAACAAGAGAUACAGCAAGCAAAGAAAUGGACUCAUCAGCGAAGAAAAUGUUGGAGUAAUUACCAGAGAGGAUAAUGGUGAGAUUAAAGUUGAAGAAGCCAGUGAGGAGAAUGAGCUUGAAGCUAAAGAAAAGCCAAGAGACUUCAGUGUACACAAGGUUGAUCAACUUUUGCGGCAGCUUGAAGGAAAAUUACUAUCCUACAAAAUGUUUGCACGUGAUACAAAAGCUGCAAGAAACGAAGGUCCGCCAACUGAGUGUUUCAUGUACCAUGCACGAGCAGCUGAGGUCAGAUUUCCAUGUUCUGAACAUGCUGAAGGAAGUAGGGUGAUGUGUGUUGAGCUUGUUGCUAACCGGUUUCUCCGCAAGAUGGUUCGUGUUCUUGUGGCCACAUCAAUCCGGGAAGCUGCUGCUGGUGCGGAAGAUGAUGCAUUGUUAAGACUGAUGGAUGCUUCAUGCAGACGGGCGACUGCUCCUCCGGCUCCACCCGAUGGUCUCUGUCUUUUCGAUGUUGGUUAUACCGACUUUGACCCUCAACAUUCUCUUAUCCCAUGAGAGCAAAGAUAUUCUCUUUUUAAUACAUGCUUAUUGGAUGAAACCUUCGGGAAUUUAGAUAGGGAAUACCUGUCUCAUUGUUGUGGAUGUUACUAGUAUGCAAUUUGAUUGACAUUUUACCAUUAAUGGUUGUUCUUCAUGGAAAA